UAAUUUGUCAAAUAAUGAACAGUACUGCACGGAUUACACUGGAUUUGAAUGUAGAGCCGCUGGAAUGUCACUCAAAAUGACAUCAAAGCAUCUCCCAGGCGACGGCGUCAUAGAGAUUCAAAAGAAACAAUUAUAAACAAUCAAACACAGUCGCAGCAGCUGAAAGUUUGAUUAGAGCUCUUCACGAGCUACAUUUAUUGCUUAAUUGAACUUUUAUUUGUCAUUAAUAUAGUUUUGUGCAGAUAUUGUACGUCUGGAUCGCAAUUUUGUCGUUUUCAGUUAUCUAAGUGUAGAUUUUUAUCGUUUCACAUCUAAAAAUCAUCAACGCACUGAACACAUUCUAAGAGAUAAUAUUACAUCAGGUAGGUUUAAAAAGAGCAUUUCUUUCAAACUCACUCGGCAGUCUAUUAAAUUCACGCACUUUUUAAUAUCUUGCACUUAAGAUAUCAUGUCACCUGUGGAAGUAUGGGUGGGUCCUUGGAGGCCACACAGACCAAGGGGCCCCAUCGCUGCAAUGUAUAACAGUCCAGGGCCAACAUAUGCUCUGCCAGGGGCAACUGGAAUAAACAACCAUGACCCGCGGAUGCAGAAAGGCCCAGCAUUUAGCUUCGGCACACGUCAUCGUGGCUUACAGACCAACUCUUCCCCAGGUCCCAGUUACCUCGUUCCCUCCAACAUCACCAGGGUGGGUCGGGAUGGAACCCCUGCAUACUCUGUCUAUGGCCGACCCAAGGAUAUUAAGCCCUUCCAGACUCCUGGCCCAGGAAGUUACUCCCCUGAAAAUGCAACAAAGACCACUUAUUACUUGGCUCCUGCUUUCUCUCUGUCUGCAAGGACUAAACUGUUCCGUAAUGAUCAAACACCAGGUCCAGCUGCAUACAUGCUUCCCCCAGUAUUGGGGCCAAGAGUUGUGAAUAAAGCAUCCGCCCCAAAUGUCUCCUUCAGCAGUCGUAGUGUUAUUGGCAGCUUCCAUGAAGAUCUACGGAAGACUCCAGGCCCAGGGACCUACCAAGUGGUGGAUUCAUGUGUGUACAAACACAAGGCCCCUGAGUACAGCAUCACUGGACGCAACUUCACACCUGGAGACUUUACCAAGAAACCCGGACCUGGAGCCCACCAUCCAGAAAAGGUUACUUUCACAGGAACCAAAGCUCCCAGCUAUUCCUUUGGAAUUCGUCACUCUGAGUACAUCGCUCCCAUAAUUGUGGAUGGGGCUGAUUAAAUGGGUCUGUUCUGUCCUAGUGAAUUCUGUUAAGCAAGUUACGGUCUCUCAUAUCAGGUCUUAAUAUUGCUAAAACAUAACUUGAAUUAAUAGUGUUUCAGUUAAAAAGACUCCAAGAUUCAUAUUUGUGCUUCUACCAAAAUAUGAGAAAUAAGCUCCAUUCCAAAACUAAGUGAACCAAGUCUAGCCUAGACUAGCAUUUUAACACAUCACAGACACAAUCUACUAGUUCUGGGUCUGACUCGACCUUGUAG